AUGGCGUGCGACUUCUGGCCCCAUGACACCGCGAAGCUCAGAGAACUGCAGGACAGUAUUGACGGCCUGCUGGAAGAGGCGCAGGCAGAUCCAACGGCUUCUAGAGGAAAAACAGCGGCCGUUCUUCGGGGUCAUGUCGGCCGUAUGGCGCAAACGUUCUCACAAUUGGAGCAUUCGCUCAUGAGGGCCUCAGAGGCGCCUGAGCUUUUUGGCAUUGAUGAAGAGGAAAUGCAGCGCCGAUACAGCCAGCUGCAGCAGCUUACACGGAAAAGAGAGGCUCAGGUAGAGGCUUUUAAGGUCUUGUUUUCUCUAGACCGACAUGUAUUGCACCCCAAGGCAGAUCCGGGCGAAGAAGCAAAUGCCCGAUUUCUCGAGGAUUUCGGAGAUACAACCACCACUUCUGUCACUCUUGAUGACGUGGGGGCCGCAGAUUCUGGCGUGAGUUACUUCGACGCGGAGACGCAGAUGUUGAGGGAGCAGGAUGAGCAGCUGUCCUUUUUGGAAGGGUCAGUUUCAAACUUGAAAUCUAUAAGUUACGCGAUCAAGGACGAGGUGUCUGUACACCACAGGUUGCUAGACGCCACAGAGGCUGAGGCCGAUAAAGCGGAUGCCCAGUUGAGGCGCAAUAAGGUUUUGCUGAAGAAGCUCAUGAAGCGGCAUUCGACGUUGUGCCUCCUCCUCAUUGCCGUGGCUCUCCUCUGCCUUCUCGUCUUUCUCCUUGUCUUCACGGCAUGA